CAAUCAUCACAUAUUUUUCAAUGUUCUGAAUGGUACAUCGCGACGACAUACAAUAGGAGCGAUCUCUUCGAUCACGGUUGGGUAAUGAUCACACCUCCCGAGUCCCAUCUGUCGGAAGACUCUAAGGUUCAAUCCGCAGCGACUUAUGGGAAGUUCGGACCAUAGUAUAGUUAUAUUGGACACUGCGGACGGUUGAUAGUGUACACUCUGCAACACAACGUGGGAGAUCUACAUGGAAAGUGGCGAGGACUUGACGUUUCCGUUCCUAGCUGCAGAUAGCUUUGAAUGUGCCUGCCAGGCAUUUGUGAGACGAGUUGAUGCAGCUGGAGGCGGGCGAAAUCUUGGGUGGCUAGCAGUUGAGUAUUUGCCAUCUGAGCCGGGGCGUUCGAUUUUGAGGAUAUCAAAAUCUAUAAACGUUCAAAGAGGGCGUCUUGAAGGAAAAAAAACCUUUGUGGAUGGGCGCACAGAGAAUGGUGAGGAUUCACAAGAAGAUCUGAUCGAAGACGACGAUCGAGAAACCCUUAUUCGCGAUGGGGUCAAUGAAGAACAAUUGGCCAUUGACUAUGAUAUUGCACUCUCAACGUCAUAUAAUGUACCUGUCAUGUAUUUCCUUCUAAAAGGGGCCUUUCAGGUAGGUCCUGCGGCAUUAGAUGACAUAUACAACUUCCUCGUCCCGCAUCAACACCAACAAUCAUUGAAAAGCAACGGCGUCAUGGGCGGUAUCAGUUUUGGAUAUCAUCCACAGUCUGGCAUUCCAGCUUAUUUCGUUCACCCUUGUAACACCGCCAGUGCCAUGAAAGCGAUUGCCGGCGAUAAAAACAUUGAACCGGAAGACUAUCUUCCCACAUGGCUCGGCCUUGUUGGUGGCUGCAUUAAUCUAAGUCUUCCCAGCCGACUGUUCGUGGCAUCAUAG